GUACGUGGCAACUGCGGGCUGCAAAUAUGAAGAGAAAGGGUGCUUGGGUGAUUCGCAAAGCUGAGACGAUCCACACAUGCUCCUCUUCUAUACUUUCCCAAGAUCACAGGCAACUAAAAGCAAAAAAGGUUGGGAGAACUAUUAAGCACCUUAUAGAAGCACAACCAGAUAUCAAGGUGAAAGCUAUCAUGGCAGAGGUGAAGGAUCGACAUUCUUACACGAUAAGGUAUAAAAAAGCAUGGCAUGGUAAGCAGAAAGCCAUGGCUGAGGUGUAUGGUGAUUGGGAGGAUUCGUAUGCUUUACUCCCUAGACUUAUGGGAGCAAUGGAGGAGUCCAAUCCUGGGACUGUUUUCGUCCCAGUAUACAACAAUGUAUACACUGAGGAUCAAGUUCGAGUACAGGAUAAGUUGAUGUUCCAUCGUCUUUUUUGGGCUUUUAAACCAUGCAUUGACGGAUUUGGGUUCUGCAUACCGGUUAUUCAGGUUGACGGAACUUUCCUUACUGGGAAGUACAAAGGAUGUCUUCUAAUUGCCACUGGCGUAGAUGGAAACAGGCGGAUUUUCCCGCUUGCAUUUGCAUUAGUGGAGGGGGAGAACAGCUUAAGUUGGGCUUGGUUCUUUGACCAACUGCACGAGCACGUGACACAGCGGGAAGAUAUUACGAUUAUAUCCGAUCGACAUGCGGGGAUAAGGAAUGCUGUUGGUGGU